AUGGAUGGCCCUGUUGCCUUUGCUUUCACGGGGACGGAACAGCCACCCUUGACAAGUGAUGAGUUGUCAAACCCAACUUCCUCGCAUGGCGUUACACCCAUGCAAGAAUCGAAGACUGCUCGCCAAUCAUCGACAAAAAAACGAGGCAAAUGUCGUUAUUUCAUGUCCAAGAAAGGUUGCCGUGCUGGGGCAGAAUGUCCGUACAUUCACCCUAAUUCCACCAACCAGGAGAGUGUGACUAUGGCCGAUCAGCCGUCCAGGUCGCCUGCUCCCAUCAACAUGGGUCAAAAUCUAGACCCCAAUGUCGGCACCGGAGCUCAUCAUACGGCUAACCCUGGUGGUCCGUCAAAACAAGCCACUGCAGUUUCACAUGCCGCUCAGCCUCAAAGGCCAAUCUCAAAAUUAGAGCAAAAAGACCCGAGAGAGUUUCAGCUAAACCAAUUGAGACGGCGAUUCCAACCAAAGGAAACGACCGAUAGCAAUGGGUCGAUCUUGGAAUUCGGAUUGGCUCCCUCUGAUCCCGAUUUUCCAUUUGAGUUGCCCAAACUUCACUGCGUGAUGCAUGUCCCACAGUCAUAUCCUGAUGCAGGACGGCCUACACUCACAGUGACUAACCCUGAAAUGGAAGCUGCAUACCAAGCCAAUGUUGCGAGAGGUUUUGAUGACAUCGUUGAUUUUACAUUGCGCACAAAUGGCCGAGGAACCCUCCUCAGUUGGCUGAACAGUCUUGAUAAGCAACUAGAAAAGCUUCUUACCACUCUUGAAAGAGGCCCCAGGCUCAAAUUUGUAGCCAAUCUUGGCGAUGGUACGGCUAGCAAAGGUCCAGCCCCACCAAAGCCAGGACCUCGACAACAAGUGGACUUGCCCGUGCUGCCAAAACAGUUAUCUGUUAAUGCAGCCAAGCCUGCGACUGUGUUGAAGCCACCUGUUACCAAGAAGACUUACACGGGCGAGGAAAGAGCCCAGGCUGAGCGUCGCAGGUCGAUGGAAGCAAAGCAGCUUGAAGCUCGUCUUGGAAGACUUCCAAUGUUCCAGAAACGGUCGGAGAAUUCGUUUGUGAUUCCGAUUCAACCUGCCAAGAAAGACCGGCUUCCAGGAAAGCUUCAAGCACUAAAAACAGUCAAACUUCUAGUUCCACAACUCUAUCCGCUUGAGAACUCUUCAAUUGAGAUUAUAGGUGUGGAUAGCCCAGAGGCAAAAUCCGUGGAGAAUGGAUUUGCACAGUGGGUAGGAAAAAACCCACAGUUGAAUCUGGUUUCUCAGAUCAACUACUUGGCAAGUAACAUGCACAACUUUGCCAAAACGCCCCUGCCUGAAGUUGCCGAGUACUCUCAACAUGAGCAUCCUCAACCCGUCAUCGCUCCUACAUCUUCUGAGGAAGAACAUCCAAAGCCUGUUGAAGGAGUCGAAGAUCCAGAUCGACCACAUCUGCAUGUCAUUCCACGUCCACCGGAGUGGUCUGUAGCUGAGAAGAACAGUGACAGUGAGGUGACUGACGGUUCAAGCUUUGAAGAAGAUUCUGAAGAGGAUGGCGAAGAAGGUGGCGAAAUUUCUGGUGAUGGAGAUACCCCUGUUCCUGUGGCGGCCGAUACCCCUGGUCGCGGGGUUGCACUUUCAUUCCCUUUCCUGGAACUCUACGGCAUCGAACUCUUGGAGAUUGUGUAUCUUUCUAUCACAGUGAAAUGUGAGAGAUGUAAGGAGUCCAUGGAUAUCAAAAAUGUCCCCAAUAUCACUGAUCCGAAAAAUACGCCAAAAACUGAGUCAUGCAGAAAGUGUGCGAAUUCUAUGAGUAUCGGUUUCCGCAAACAAUUGAUGCAUUCCCAUGCAAAUCGCGCUGGGUACCUGGACUUGGAUGGUUGCACUAUUGUGGAUCUUCUUCUUAGUAACUUCAUCCCAACUUGCUCCGAGUGCUCAACUCCAUACCAUGCGCCUGGCGUAUCUGCAGUUCGCGCAGAAAGUGCUGCAGCUACAUGCCGUCAAUGUCACCGAAAAAUGGUCUUCAAGAUUCCCGAAGUUAAGUUCCUAGUUGUUGGAACUGCUGCGGUGUCUAAUCGAUCGGAGAGGUUCUUGGGAUCGUUGCUGGUCAAGAACUACCCCGACGUGGACGCUGCCAGCAUUAUGCAAAGAGCUUCCGGUGGUUCAGAUUCAGUUGUUGCGCAAAGGUUUAUCCUUGCGAUAAAAGCAGAUCAUCCAAUCGAACAUGCAAACCGCAUGAUCUGUGGAUUCUGUUCUCGGGAACAACAUUUCAGACCAGAAAAUUGUGGAACUUGCAAAGCGGUUCUUGUUGGUAAGGCUGGCAGUGGAUUCUGGGAGGGAGGAAAGGGUACUAGAAAUAGGACUCUGAUGAGCCGGAAAGACCCUAGGAAAUUCAAACGCCAAGGGAGUACUGUUCCUGGCGGAUCGAGCUCCAAAAAGAAAUAG